AUGCUUUCACUGGCUAGGGCUGAUUUAACUACUUCUUUGACGUUUACCGGCAGUGCCGCCGUGUAUCCGAGCUCAAUCUCCAUGGCAGGUCACACAGACGGCGGUGCGAUGAUAGAGGCAGAGAACGUGAUGCAUGAUGAUCAUGCAGUCUCAGCAAGUGCUCGCAUAGGCCUGUGGAACUCGGGCUCAUCAUGCCAUCAAGUGCACCUGAGUUCAACGCAUUGCAGUACGGACCUGAUAACAACUGCCUCACGAGAAGCUCCGUGA